AUGGCACCCAUUAUGAAGUUCUUCUAUGCUAGUCUUCUCGCAGCUAGCACCCUUACCUCCGCUGCAUUCGCCAGCCCUAUUGACAACACUGGUGUCGCCAUCGAGGCCCGAGAUGUUAACUUCCUGGCCGAGGGUGUCGAAGCCCCAGUCAGCGUUGAGGUCACCAACAGUAUCGCCGUCCGUAGCGUCGAUGAGGUUGACGCAUCGCUCGAGAAGCGCUUCUUCACUGCUCCCCACAUUCGCAGGAUCUUCAAAGUUGUUGCCGGCAACAUGAUCUCUGCCGCCUCCUGGGCCUUCAACUUCUGGGUUGAGGAAGACUACACGGGCAAGUCCACGGUCUGGUACAGCGGAGUCACCGGCGAAGGUGUUUCGACCCCCAAGAUUGGCGUUGAGGGCGCAACUUUCCUCUCCAAGACUGGCACCGAGCUCGACUUGAAGGUUCCGUUCAUUGUGAAGGGCUUCUACGCUGGAAAGGAGCUCAUCGUCCACUUUGUCGUGCGCAUUCUCAGUGAUGCUGGAGAGACGUCUGUCCAGUAUUUCUAUGACCGUCCCACGGCUACUAUCGCCGGCCAGAACGCCUCCGUCACCAGCUGGGAUCUCGUAAUACCAAGUCAGUCUGUAUACCGCGAAGAAGGCUAUGCCAUUUUGUCGCACCGCUGGCAACCUUCGGAAAUCAAGUUCAAUGAGUUCCUCGAUCAUACUGAAGAACUCAAGAAUGGCGCGGGACCCCUUCCGUUAUGUUUAGAUAAGAUUCGCGGUGCUUGUGCCACCGCGCGCAACAAGGGUUACAAUUGGAUGUGGAUCGAUUCGUGCUGUAUCGACAAAUCGAGCACCACUGAGGAAACCGAGUCAAUCAACUCCAUGUUCAAAUGGUACCGCGAUGCAAAGCUGUGUAUUGUUUACCUUUUUGAUGUUGAGGUAAACACCACUCUGGCUGAGACCGAACUGGAAGCGAACCCUCUGAUAUUUAAUCGUAUCGGCCGCGGAGACCCUUCUGAGUGGUUCUAUCGAGGAUGGACCUUGCAGGAAAUGCUGGCACCACAAGAUCUGGAGUUUUAUGACACAAAGUGGACUUACAUGGGUACAAGAACAGAACUUAAGGUUCAGUUGGAGAAAGCCAGUGGUGUUUCCCGGAAGUACUUGACUGGCCUCCAGGACUUUACGAAAGUCUGCAUUGCUGCGAAGAUGAGUUGGAUGGCCGACCGAACCACUAGUAGGGAGGAAGACAUCGCUUACAGCAUGCUCGGCAUUUUCAACGUCUUUAUGACACCCCAGUAUGGCGAAGGGCCACGAGCCUUCCAGCGUCUGCAGGAAACGAUACUAUCCAGCCAGAUGAUGGACGAAUCAUUGUUCGCCUGGAGGAUGCCCGAGCAUGACUCUGGGAAGAAGUUCAAUAGUUCGCCUCAAGGUUGGGCACCAGAUGAAUGGGGUCUCCUUGCCCCUUCCCCUACAUGGAAACUCGCGGAGGAAAAGAACACCAGAGGUUAUGCGUAUCUUUUGAACUGCUUCGACACAAAUGCCAAAGGGGAGAUAUUUCCAUGCUAA